CUAUGGAUGCUUAAACGAGACCAUCAUCUAUCAAAAUUGAAAAUUAAAAUAGAAUAAUUAUGGCAAUUUUUAAUCUUGGAAUAUUUAAUUACAUUGAAUUACAGCAAAAAAUGUCGUUUAGAUAAAGAAUUUAUGAAAUCUGAAAUACUAAACAAAAACUAGAUUUCUUUUAUCUUCUAUAUUUCUUUUAUCUUCUAUAUUUAAUAUUUAAUUAUAUAAUAUUAUAUUUAUAUAUAAUAAUAAUAUGAUAUAAUAGAUAUACAAUAUAGAAUACAAUAAUAAAAGUAUUAAUACUUUUUAAUACUUUAUACAAAAAUUUUAGGGAGGUAUGAAAUGAAUCCUAAGCCAGAAAAGUUCUGGAUUUUCGAGUUACGAGAGAUACUGAGAGAGAUUAAAAAAUCAAAAUAUUUUUUAGAUUCAUGGACCCAAUUGAAUGCAAUCGGAUUUUCAAUUCAUAUUUUAGUCUCCCAAGAACGAUUUUUAAAACUGUUUGACCCACAAAUUUGGAGUCUUAUACUUUCACCUAAUUUGCAAGGUUCAAAAAGAAAUAGAUCAAUCAAGAUUAAGGGAGUUUUACUAGUUUUCGUUGGCGUUGUUAUAUUUAUAUAUCGUAUUAGCAAUCAAAAUAUGGUUGAAAGAAAGAAUCUCUAUUUAAAAAGACUUUUUCCUAUACCGAUGAAUUGCAGUGAAUCCAUAACUGAUCAAGAUAGUGGUUAUUCUACUCUAAAUCGAUUAAGUAUUUUACUCCUUUCUUUUCCAAAAGGCAAAAAUCAAGUUGAUAUUGAUUUAAUGAAUCCAAACUAUAAUACUCGGGUUUUACCAAUAAAAAAAAAACCCUAACAUGCCUCAAUCAAAGUCAGAUUCGCCGCAGGGGAAAAACUUUAUUAGAGAAAUUAUUAGACGAACUAGAACGGAAUUUAGAGAAAUUCCAAUGAAACUUCUUGGUUUCAAUCUGGUAUUCUUAAAAGAGAAAAAAUCGCUUGAGUUUCCUUAUAAUUCCACAAGAUCUAGUUCCUUACAAGUAAAAGAUUUCGGCCAACCGAAAGGAUCCUUGGAUAGAAAUUUUUUGGAUUCUAUUAGAAAUGAGGAUUCGGAAUAUUCUAAAUUAAUCAAUCAAAGAGAAAUUAAACAACGAAAACAAAGAUCAACUUCUUGGGAUCCUUACCUUUUUAAAACGGAACAAAAAGAGAUCAAAGGCCGUAAACCAACGCUAAGCCUUCCGUUUCCGAAAGAAAGGGAACAAUCUCGGGGCAAUGCCCCGAGGUCCCUUUCUUCAUUUUACUCUGAUAGAUGGUCAGAACUUUAUAUGGGAUCAACUCCUAUUGCUAAGUCCACUAUGGAUCCGAAAUUUAGGAAUAAAUCUCUUUCUUUUGUCCGGCAAGCGGAAAAAAAAAGAAAUAGUUAAUCUAUUUAGAAUACUUAUGUAUUUAAAAAGAACUGUUUUAAUUAAGUCUAUUUCUUUUGAUCCCCAAAUAAAAAAUUCGAAGAAUACUGGAUUUCUUAAAAAAACUCCAUUAUUUUAUUUUGUUAACCGAUUUCUUGAAAGUAAACAAGGAAGCUAUGUGCUACAACAUGAUUGGAAAUCAAAAGAAAAAUUACAAAAAAGUCCAGGUUUAUUUAUUCUGACAAUAAGCGAGCCGGAUCCAGUCUAUAAUAA